AGAGAAGGCAGUCCCUAAUGGAUAAACGGGUCGAAAAUUACCAAAACUGACGGCGGCCAGGAUCCGAAUAACUGGCCAGAUCUUAAACCAGGGCGGGCGGUCACUGGUCUGUACUGACGACUCUCUUCUUCUAACCAAUUACACACUAAUGAGUUUUUCAGACGCUUCCAUGGCGGAGGAGGGUUUGUAGCGAAAUGGCUCUUCCACGGUCGAUGAUCUUUCUGUUGUUGUUGUUAUUCAUACCCUGCUUUGCGUCCGAAUCGAUAGGGUACGAACCACAAGAAGAAGAAGGAGAAGAGUUCUCAGAGGAAUUGCUGUUGAAGCCAUUGCCAGAUCGCAAGGUUCUAGCCCAUUUUCACUUCCAAAGCAGAGUUCCUCCUACUGAAACCUAUGGCCCACACCACCGUCUCUUCCCCAAGGCCAUCUAUCAGCUGGUACAAAAAUUUCAAAUUCGGGAAAUGGAGUUGUCUUUCACCCAAGGCUGCUGGAAUUACGAACGCUGGGGUGGCUACAACCCCAUAUCAAGCAACAAUGCUAAGCCUCCUGGAGUUGAAUUGUGGGCUGUCUUUGAUGUCCCCCAAGAUCAAGUUGAUGCUUCAUGGAAAAAUCUUUCCCACACCCUCUCAGGCAUGUUUUGUGCUUCAAUCAACUUCCUAGAGUCUUCUACUGCUUAUUCUGCUCCUGAUUGGGGCUUUCGACCAUUUUCAAGCAACAUGAGGUAUGGUACCUUACCCCGGGAGGCUGUUUGCACUGAAAACCUGACUCCCUGGUUGAAGUUGCUCCCUUGUCGAGACAAAGCUGGGCUGUCAAUGUUGAUGGACAGGCCAUCAAUAUAUAGAGGAUUUUAUCAUUCUCAGCGUCUGCGUUUGACCUCUACCGAAUUCAUUUCAGCAGGGUUGAACAAGGGGAUAGAGCUUGAACAAACCCUUACUAUUGUUCUUCAACCUAGUACUCCAGGAAAUAGCAUGGCAUAUUCCAGUGGCUCAAUAUUACAACCAAGUUGGUCUCUCAGCUCACUUUUUGGAAGGAAAGUUGGUGGAAAAUGUGUUCUUGCUAAGUCUAGUAAUGUGUACCUUCAACUUGAAGGAUCCUUAAUCACUGAACUGAAUAAUCUACAGAAGGAAAAUGAGAGAUAUGAUACUGAUAAUCUUGCCUUCGAAGGUUCCUCAAGUGUCCGUGGUUUUGAAUUAUCUGUUUCCCCAGACAGGGUGAUUAAAGAAUUGAAUAGCUUGGGUAAAGAGCACCCAUCUAUUCUGUACGAGUUUUUAAUGGAGAAUUACACUGAUUCUAAACCAUUUGAUUUCGGUUUAACAUGGAAGUUACCAGUAGUUUGGUCAUGUCCUCAGGCGCCAUUACAUGCUAGUAGGUUCUUAAUGGGAAGUGGGAAUGAGAGGGGUGCUAUUGCUAUCUCUUUAAAACCUACCAAACAGAAUGGGGGUUUCCAGACUGCUGAUGUUAAUGAAGACAUGUGUAGCUUACAGGUUGAUGUUUUCCAAGUUGUGCCUUGGUAUGUGAAAGUAUAUUAUCAUACACUACAAGUAUUUGUUGAUGGACAAGCUCAAUCUGUAGCAGAUGUGAUAAAGAAGAUGCGUGUUUCACCUUCUGAAGACAAGGUGUCACCUGGAGUAAUGGAAAUGGUCCUCAAAUUACCUUGUGGUGUGAAGUCAGCUGCAUUAACCCUGGAAUUUGACAAGGGUUUUUUGCACAUCGAUGAAUAUCCUCCAGAUGCUAACCAGGGAUUUGACAUCCCAUCAGCUGUUGUAAGCUUUCCUGAAUUCCAAGCAAGUGCGAAUUUUCUUGAAGAUGCCUCUUCAAACAAGUCACCCCUAUUAUGUAAAUUGCAGGAGAAAAGUCCUGUUUUGUCUUACACAGAAGUAUUGCUUGUCCCUUUAACGACUCCUGAUUUUAGCAUGCCUUACAAUGUCAUCACAAUUACAUGCACAGUAUUUGCUUUAUAUUUCGGGUCAAUGCUCAAUAUACUACGGAGGCGUGCUGCCGAGGAAGAAAGAUUGUUAAAAAGAAAAGCUGCCAAGAAGAAUGGCCGGUUUCCCUUGCUACUAUCCAAGUUGUGUGCCAAAUUGAGAGGAAGACAGUGGGAACAACCACAAUCAUCAUCACAAUCAUCGUCGUCGUCGUCUUUGUCAUCCUUAGUAAGUUCCAAGCUAUUAAUUAAAGUUGUUUUAGUGGCUGGUGUAGCUGCUGGUUGGCAGUAUUAUUUUGGAUAACCUCAGAGCAAGUCAGGAAGGAAGCAUUUCUUGUACAAUCUGUGCUAAACAAACGGAACUUAGGGAUAGAAGAUUUUCUUUUUGUAGACUCUUUCACUGGCUUGUAUCCCAUUUUUUGUAUAAUUUCUGAAUUACUGAUUGAUUACCCACAUUGACAUUGCUGAGUUUCUCAUACAAGAACUAGUUAUGCUGCAAUAUCAUUUGAGCAAAAGAGUUGUUUUACCAAAGCUGACUUUA